UUAUCCCUGCAGGCAUGGCCGUAAUACUGAGUGACAUCAGUCACACUGGAUUAAAGAUUAUUAACGUCAUUCAAGAAUCUUAAUUGGAGGUAUUACUGAUCUCAUGGGCACGGGGAGAAUUUUUCAUUUCAGACUGAAACAAUGAACUUCUCUGUACCCCUGCCAUUACAGUCACUAUCCCUCAAUUUGACUUUUUUUAGAGAUUUUUUGGUGUAUCAUUACGCAUUAAUCUGCAGUGGAGCUGUAAGUGUUUGUAAGUUGAGUUACUAGACAGUGUCUCUAGUGAAUAAGGCACUCUGAAGCCUCAUCACAUUUAAGAACACCAAAUAUUAACAACAAAAUCAAACUAUUAAGAAAAAAAGAGAAAAAAGUAGUAGGAAAGUUUUUGAGAAAAUACACACUAAGAAAAACAUGAAUAACUGAGCUCAAAAUUGCUGGUAGAUUUGCAGAAUUGCCACUGUAAAUUUUACAGAAUUGUCAUGUCUCAUUUCAACAGAACUGUCUGCCUGAAGGAAUACAGGAAUUUAAAUGGAAUGAUUUUCCCAGGAGGCAUUUAGCUGGGAGAUUACGAUGAUUCUAACAUUAAACACAGUUUUUCACUUUCCUGACUUUAAAUCAUCGUAACUUGAAACUUCUUGGUUAUGCUUAAGUCAAUGCUGCAAAUUGUACUGUUUUCCCAACAGCACACUACUAAAAUAAAUUCUUGUCUCCAUUUUUUUGGCAAAACAACGAAAUUAUGCCACCUCCUCUAAAUAAAACAUUACUGAUUGAAAUAGUGUCAUCUUUAUUAUUCAUGUCAAACCAUCUUGAAAAAAACAGGCUAUCCCUUUUUUGUCAAUAGAAUUCCAGCUUGUAAACAGUCAGUUUUGUAAGUAUUUGAACAGACCUCAGUCAUCAAAUAUACUUUAUUAAUUUUUAAUAACAUUACUCAAUCAUUACAAAGUGCAUGUUUCUAAAAAAAAAAUUUUCAUACAGUUUUUCUGGAUAAGAGUCAGAAACUGGCCCGAAAAAAGAGGGGGGAAUGUGCUUCUAUUGAAUCAAAGGCCACAUGCAAAAACUUCAGCUGACUUAAAUAAAAGGAAAUAAAUAAAUAAAUAAAAAACAGUCCUAAGAGUCUUUUGGCAUGGUUACUCUGUAUGCACUUAGCCGUUCUUUAUUUUGAAAAUAAAAAAUAAGAAAUCAUCAUUUUUGUGCGGAUCCCCUAAUACCCAUUUUUUUCAAACAUGGUUUCCCAUCAUUUUUUUCUUUAUUUUUUAGGUUGUAGAUGACAGACUUUGGUAACUAAAGGUACUGUGAUAUUAUUCCAAAUAUUGUGUAGCUUUAAUUCUGAGCAGCAGCAAACCAACAGAUGUGAGAAAAAGUUAGAUUUUAGCGCCAUAAGUGGUACAACAAGUUGCCCCCUGAAAGAUAUGACGAGUCUCACUCAUGGGUAGAUCCCUAGACUUGUGAUCUAGCAGUUAGUACUUUCACUACCUGGUAAUUUGAUUUGCAUUUAUUAAUGACAGAUUAGCCCUCAAACAUUGCAUACAAAGAUAAAAAAAAUAAUUGCAUAAGCUGCCAGGUGGUGAACUCAGCACAUUUAAUUUUUGAAGUCAAUUGGUGGUAACUGCAAUGUCUUUUCUUGAUAAAUUUGCACCUUAAUGACCAAAAUGUUAGCAAAAUCCACUUAUAGCAUUGCCGAUUUUCAAUCUCAAUGUGAUGAAGCCUGACUUUUAGUAAUGUUGAUGUGUACAUCUUGUUUUCUUUCCUUUAUAGGUGAGUUGGUUUGGUAUUCUCAUGUGCCUGAACAUCCAGCAGUCAAGAAUUGAAUUCCAGUUGUCUCAUAGCCUACCGGCUGGGUCUUGACGGAUGGGGAGGAGAGUGGGGAGGGGAAGGAGGAGCUCUCUCCAUCUCCAUUCCCCACCUGCAAAAAGUGAUUGAAGCCCACACUUCUAGAGCAGACGUUGCUUGCAUGCUGGGCAGCAAAUGAAGUUCACGUUAUCCAACCGCCAAGACACUCAACAUCACCGUAGUUACUAAAACAAGGAAUGACCUACAAUGAUCUACAAUGAUCUACAAUGACCUACAAUGAUCUACAAUGACCUACAAUGAGCUACUAUGACCGAACCUGUAAUCCCUGUAAUGAGCUAAAAUGAAGAUUUUAGAAAAAGACAAAAAAAAAAAAGAUCAGGGGACAUGUGUGCGUAAAUGUAACGCGUUUAGUCUACUGCAUGACGGCCCAUUUAACGAUGACAGCAUCUCUAAUUAUUUUGCUUGGAGAUAAAUUUACAGUGUAAUAAUAUAUGUAUGAUGAUACUGUGACUUUUGUCCAAACCAUCCCUUGCAGCCUUUCGCAUUAAUUUUAUUUUGUCUUGUCUUUUUUUCAAACAAAUUGAACAAACACAGUCACCCCAACAGUCGAUCCGGGGGGAUCUGCAAGGGACGUAAGGGUAGAGAUGAACAAAGGAGGCCUUCAAAUUCUGACCCUGUUCAAAAAAAAUUUUUUUCAUUUUUUUAAAGUACCCUGGCCUGUAUAAGACAUCAUAAGACCCUUAAAUGGAUUUCGGUCCAACAGGAUGCUCUGUUUGUAACACUCAAUAGUAAAAUCCAUAUCCUGCUCAGCGGCCGAUACCCAUCUAGGCCAAAUAAGGGAGUGCCUGCAUGACUUCCGUCAAUACAGGGUAUAAUAGUGCUAUACCAGUAAAAAUGCGAUCGCAAUAAUCUAUUUUCAAGUUUCUCAAGUUACCUGAGAUCAGGCAUAAUUUUUGUUUUGCCUUUUCAAAAUGUGCUUGGCAAUUUAAUACUAUGAGCCUAGUGUCACAUCCAAGUGUGACACACGACAAACAUCAUUGUCUGUCAUUUUGUAGCUCAUUGUAGGGCUUAUUUUAACUCAUUUUAGCUCAUAGUAGCUCAUUGUAGCUCGUAGUAGCUCACCAUCGAUCAUUGUAGGUCAUUGUAGGUCAUUGUGGGUUAUUCCUUGUUUUAGUAACUACGACACACGUCCCCUGGUCUUUUUUUUUGUCAUUUUCUUAAAUCUUCAUUUUAGCUCAUUACAGGGGUUACACGUUCGGUCAUAGUAGCUCAUUGUAGGUCAUUGUAGAUCAUUGUAGGUCAUUGUAGGUCAUUGUAGGUCAUUCCUUGUUUUAGUAACUACGUCAACAUCACUCGUGUCCCAUUCAGUUUUAUUUACAGCAUCCCCACUGCACUCAUGAUGCAAUCCACAUUUUAAACUGAACCCACACCCAGCCUGUGAGCAAGCUCUCCGUUUUGGGGUUAUCAUGAGAAUAGCUUGUUUCACUUGCUUUCAAAAUGGAGAGCUUACCUGCUGACUAACCUCCACUCCAUUUUACCUGUACUCACUUCACUUUACUCAUAAACCAAUGUUUGAGUCUUGUAUUCAUAGCCUGCAUUGCAGACAGUCUAAAUCUAUGAGUGACAAGCCCAGCUGCAAUGCAGGCUAUGUUUGCAAGGCAUUUCCAGUGUUUUAGGAGGAAAAAAGCCCUGGAAAUGAAGUUGACAACAUUCUGCACACAGACAUACAUUUAGAAUUACAUACGAUCCUCCCCCCGCCUCUCAAACCCUCGCGCACUUUCCACUCAACAUCUCGAUAAAAACUUGACUUCACCACGUCAACAUUCCACAUUGCUGCGCACCACCUUCUCCCAUCUCCAUACAAAACAUAUACAUCCGAACAACACGCCUCGGGAACGUCAUUAUCUCUAGGCGAAGUGUUAAUAUUUUGGGUGCAAAGCCCAGCUGCAAUGGAGGCUUUGUUUGCAAGGCAUUUCCCGUGUUUUAGGAGGAAAAAAACCCUGGGAAUGAAGUUGAAAACAUUCUGCCCACAGUCAUACCUUUAGCAUUUCCUCCCCGCCCCCCCCCCCCCCACCCCACCCCAUUCUGCCCUUUACCUAUGCUAGUUAGCUAGGUGCUCCCUUCUAUAGCUGUUGUAGGCCACAUUCAUUGUAUCCUACACAUUUGGGAAGUGAGCACCGGAAAGAUGGAUCUUAGUGAGGCCAAUCCCAGACCUAAUGGGCAAUUCAAGUACAAACAUAAGUAUAAGCACAGCAUAUGCAAGCAUAAGUUUGAGCAUAAGAACCUUAUGCACGAGUAAGGAUGGCCGUGACAGAAACAUAAACUUUAGAAGACGACAAUGUUUUGAAAUUCUUUGGUUAUGCUUAAGUCAAGGCCGUCCUGACUAGCGCAAAAGCUCCUUAUGCUCACUGAUGAUGCUUAUGGUCAACCUUGCAUUGCUAGUGAGGACCAGGCUUAAAUUAUCCUUGGCUAUGAAAUAAAUGUGAUAGAGAGAGAUUCAAAGAAAAAUAAUUAAAUAGAGUAAAUGAGUGAAUGCAACACCCGGGAUGCAACAAUAAAAAGAACCUUACAGACGUGUACAACUUAAUGAAAAAUUAAUGUACAUGAGGUUACAUAUCAAGAUUGGUUUGAUGUUUGCCUGGUGGAACUUUAAACUUUGCUUUAUGGCUCAUGAGCUUUGAGCUUUAGAUUCUUGCUUUUGAAAUUAUGUCGUUUCUUUGCGUUGGUUAAGUGAACGGCUGGUAUGAUUUCAAAGGGUUUAAUUCAGGUUUGUUGGAUAAAACCUUGUCUGGUGAUGAAAUAACUGAGGAACUGAAGAGUGUCAGACUGGUAUGAAAGUCAGGUGCAAUGCUGAAGUUUAUUUCCUGCAACUGGCCCCCCGGAGAUUUUUAAAGGAAAUUGGGAAGUCAACUUCUUUUCUAUAUUUCGCGUAACUGUUAACGCCGCUAAGAAAGAAUGAAAUCCAAAAUUUCAACCAGUCCAAGCAGUUCCGAAUCUCACCAUUUCCAUCAAUCCGAUCCAAUCUUUCGAAGCAAAAGACUGGGAAUGAUUCUAUUUUGGCGCCGUUUUCCCCAGGCUUUGGCGCAAAUUUUGGAGUUGUUGACGCACGUCUUGUGAGGCCGCCAUCUUGGACGAGAAACUGAGAUGUCUCAAAGGCAGAGUAGACGGCGAAAGGCACCAUGUGAGUACUCAUUAAAAAACGAAAUAUUGGCCACAUUAAUGUUUUAGGUUCCAGUUAAUGAAAGAUGGACGUGUAUGCUGUGCUGUGUGUGUAAACGAUGUUUUUGUAUGAGGGAUGUGUUCCUUGAAUUCCUCUAUCCUUAGUAUAAAGCUUUAAUAGUCUUUUUGUCUCUUGAAUUGAAAAGCGGUAUGAAGGUUCAAGAAUUGCUGGCGAUUUUACUGGUUGACAUGGAAAUUACGAGAUUGGGUCCUUAUUGGUUACUAAAUGACACAGAUGAAGAUUUUAAAUUCUAAUUCCCCCGCCAACUGUUUUGCUCUGCUUGCAAUUUUUGACAGUUACGAUGUUGUCACACUUCGAUUCUGGUCAGGAAAGUUUUCGUAGCUAAAUAGGACUUGUGAAUGUUCGUUAUGAUAGAAACUGAAAUAAAGUAGACAACUGAUAUCAAAACUUAUUUUUCAUCAAAAAAUUAUAAUUAUGAAAGUGGCUCAUUUUGCUUCCUACAUGUGACACGUGUUGCCCUCACACUGAAGUUACAUGUGAUCAAUAGGGUGACCUUUUUGAGUUCUUUGAACUGCUGUGAGACAAAUAUAUUGAAACCUGCGAUGAACCUGCCUCCACUGGUUUUUUAUAAAAAUUUUCCUAGUUGAAUUAUGGCUUUCUCCAGACAAAAAUUGUGCAAGUGUGAGCAUGGCUGAUCUCAAAGAAAGCUGUUGAAGUGUUUCAGAUUAUGAAGCUGUAAUGUUAAAAAUUUUAUUUCUCAUUUUUAGCAAGUUCUGACAAUAAAGAUACAACAGAUACUACUCAAGCCAAGAAGGUGAAGGUUGAAACAAAUGGAACUGUUCUCGCUGCAGCUUCGAGCUUAAGCUUGCCCAAUCUUACUUCUCUAAUCUGGGAAAGAGAAGCUGAUAAAUCCACAUGGACUAGAUAUUCUAAUGAGCAUGUUAAGAUUAUCACUGAUGCUUUUAAAGAUGGCAAGACACAAGUUGAUAUCACAGAUGGAAAGUCUGAAUUGUCAGUGAUAUUUGAGCGUAUGGUGCAAAGGAAUAAAAAAAGUGGAUGGGAGAAAAGAAUCAGAUGUGUUUCAAAAGUGGGAAGCUCAGAUCCAGAUGAAUGUAAGUGUUUGCUAAUAUAGCAAUCGUUGUAUACCACGUACAAAAAGUUUCUGAAAAAUCCGGUUGGAAAGUACAGUCAACUCCCAAUAACUCGAACCCUCAAGGGAAAUCGAAAAAAGUUCGAGUUAUCGGGAGUUUGAAGCAAAUAACCAGAAAUAAGGAAAUAAGCAAAUAAUGGGAAGGGAAAAAUUUAUGCAAUUAAGCAACAAAGUAUACAGGAAUGGAUACUGAAUUUGAACUGGAGUGACAAAAAAGCAAAGACAAAGAAUUGACUUGGUUGUUUUGAAAUAAAUUCAAUGUUUCAGACUUCAGUACACGGUUUUUUCCCGGACUUGUCACACGCUUAUAACAUGGUUAUCGAGGGUAAAAUUGUAUGGAAAUGAUCUUAAGGCAAACAAAAAUUACUUCGAGUUGGCAGGAGUUUCGAGUUAUCGAGGGUUCAACUUACCUAGGGUAAAAUACAGUAAAUGUAAGAAGGAAAUCCAGGGGAAAUUGACUUUGGUUUGAGUUAGCACGAGGUUUGAGUUAUUGAGGGUUCGAGUUAUCAGGAGUAAACUGUAAACGAACACAACUUUUUUGGGUCGUUCCUGUGGAAAGUUUCUGGGAGCAAAAGAACAUCUGAAAACUGUAGUCCUGUUUUUCCAGGUAGAAUAUUCCAAGCAGAAAUUCGUGUUCCAUUUCUUCAAAGCUAUCUUUGAUACCAGUUUUAGGCCUUUACGGUCAUUUUGCGGCAAAUGGAACUGAUUUCUACAAACAGCAAACAUGAUUCUGGGACAAAAUUAUUUUACCAGUCCUGAAUUUUGUGUACCAUUUUGUUCAAACCAUGGGCCGACCGGUUUGCCUGUGUAAAAAUGGUAAACAACCAAUCCCUAUGUUAAAUGGGCACGGUUACCAAGAUUUGUUAUGAUGUUAGUGUUCCUUGAAAAUUCUUUGGAUUUGUUUGAAUAAUGGGAAGUAUUACCCCCUGAUAAUAGUUUUGUACUGAGUUUUGCUUAAAAUCACAAUGCCUGUGGGAGAAAUCUUUUCAACAGAAUCUCUGCGCUAAAGGCCUGAUUGAUCUUUUCCCUCAAUGUUGUUGGUCGAUAUGGUUCACUAAUAUAAAUAAUGUUGCUGUGAGCUGGAUUAGGAUUAGAAAUGCUUUGCACUAGCCUGAGAAAACAGCUGACAUUUUGCAACGCCACCACUGGUUUCCCUGUAGAAUGACGUCUGAGGAACGAGCAAAGAAUUUCCAUGCUGAUGAUGCACCACCACCCCGUCAGGGUAGUGGGACAUCAUGAAUGAAUGAAUGAAUGAAUGAAGCUUUAUUCAAUCUCCGGUUUGAUGAGGUUGGUUAGACCUCUAGCAAAAAUUUACUAAUAAGCCGAGGGAAUUGGUCAGUAUGGAAUUUCUGCAUUGUGUUCCUUAGACAUCAUUUCACAGGGGAACCAUUGGUGGUGUGGCAAAAUUUUGUCUGCUGUGUAACGCUAGCUUUGCAUUUAAAUUUUUUCCAUGAAGGCUCUAGCUUAUAUUAUUAAGUGCACAUGUGCCUGCAAGCAUUGCAGUCAACAAGCUUUCAAGUUGCCUCAGCUGUCGGUAUUGGGAUAAAACAUUGAUAACUCUAGCCCUUUUUUUCCAGAUACCUGGGAGUGGGAAGAUGCCAAGGGUAACUGGACAGUAUAUUCAAAGCCUUCUGUCUAUCUGUUAGAGGCAGCACAUAUGUUUGGGCUGACAAGUGUCAAGCUGAUAGAAGACAAAAAAGAACUUGUAGUGAAUUUAGCAAAGAAAGUCCAAACAACAAAAACUGGAAGGAGCUCCAAGAAUAUACAUAGGGUCAAAGCUAGUGAUGUAUGUUCAAGUGAGUUUUCUCCAUUUUCUUGGAUUAUGUAUAUGUAAUCAACUGUCUGGGUAAUUCUUGUGCUGGCCACUGUCACUGAUGCAUGAAACAGUCUUUUUAGACAAAAUUUGCAUUAUCUCAUUGUUGCAGUUUUCUGUGACAUAUGUAGUUUUAGUAGCACAGGAACUGCUGUUGUCUUUGUCUUGUGAUGUACCAUUUUGUUACUUGGCCUUAGUUGGAUUAGUUGAAAUUAUUUAAGUAAAUAAAGUAAGUGAAUAAAUAAAUAAAUAAAUGUUUGAAGAUUACAGUAUGACACACCAACCCUUUCACCACCUGCCCAGGACACCAGCAGAUUUGAAAAUGACGAUUUUUCCUAAAAAAAAUGGUUUACAAGAUCUUUAAAUAAAACUUGCGUGUACUGCAAACCUUGUAGGUAAUUAAGAAAUACAUCAUUACAAAAUAGAAUUUUACAAUAACCAAGGAACCAAAGUUUUUCCAAAACCAGCAAAAAUGCUGCAACUCUCUCGGUUUGAGCCUGGGCAGUCAACUCACAGUCUCAUGAUUUGGUCUAAAAAUCACAUGGUGAAUCAGAAAAUUUUAAAAUUUGCCAGACAACUCCAGUAGGAAUCGCUUUAUUUAAAAAAAAAAACUGGUCUAAUUUCAACCUAAUAAUGAUGCAGCAGGGGAUAGUUUUCCAUCCAGAUGGUUAGUGGUGAGGCUUCUAAUUUGACUGAAAUCUGAGAAAUUGGUUUAAAUUGUUGUCUAAAAUGAGUUCAUAGUUGACAAGGUGCAUGCACCUUGAUGAUAUUUUCAUAUCAAGGUUAGCUCCCAGAAUUUAGAUCUGGCUAGCCAGUGGCCAGUCAUCUUGGUUGAAUUUGUUUUUUGAAGGGUUUUUUGCAAAAACUCCAAUGCUGCUGUGCGGAGAAUUAUUUUUGAUAGACUUUCUAGCCAUACAGUUUUGACCAAUAUUGAAAUUCUUCUUAUGGGCAGGUCUGACAACUCCUUGGAAUUGACAGGCACAAAGUCAAACUAAAUAAUACUGGAAAUCUUACCUUUUCCUUUCUAGCCUCUUCGAAUCAAGUACCAGCAUCUCCCAAGGCAGCCAAGACAGAUGUAGUAGUCAAGAAAGAACAUAAGAAAUUGAAAAAGGAAGAGGCUGAUACAGAAGUUAAGACUGAAAAAGGUAAAUACUAAUCCUUGGCGUUGUUUUAUAACUAAGUUUUACUGCAGCUAAAGAUACAUUGUAUGCUAAUGCUCUCACUGACAUUAUAAAUUUGAUUGGUUUGACUUUUGCAGGUGAAGUGAAGUCCGUUGUAUUUAGUGGCAAGGCACCUGUUGACAGUCACUGUUCCAUCAAAGACAACACUCAUGUUUUUACUGAAGGUGAUGACAUCUGGGAUGUGAUGCUUAAUCAGGUAGAUUGUAAUUCUGUUUGUUAGGUUAUCAUGGUUUUACUAUAAAAGAUUAUACUAGGGAGCCCAAGAACAUGCCCAUGAAAUCCAGGAAAAUGCCCAGUAUUCAAGUUUAUUCCAGCUGAAAGGUGUCAGAAAGUCACUAGAGGCCACUUGGUGUUGCUAGCUGGGGCAAAGCGUGCUGGCGAUCAAUAAAAAUGAAGUGGCUGCUUUUUUAAAUCAGAUUUUCCUCAACGAUUGCAUCUCAAUGUUUGGAAGAUAAAUUCUUGGGCCUGGGAUGUCAGCGGCCUCCACCCUUGAUAGAUCCACUUCCUUGGCUAGCAACCCAUGCAUCCCAGCCUUGAGCCCCCACGAAGGGUUGUCCAGGCAACCUUCACCUGUGCCAAUGGUGGAAAAGAAGGGAGGGAAGGGGUAGAACAAAAAGCUGAAUGGAUAAACUCUGCAAAGAAGUCUGUUGAAGUUUGUUUCAAAAAUUUAACAGAAAGGAUGUUCCAAGCAUUCACAUUAUUGGGUGCUGACCAACUGCCAAAAAUGCACCAGCUGCUCUAAUUAAAAUAUAUUUAUCUCACAGUAGUAAUUUCCUUUUGCUGCAGACAAAUGUAAUGAAUAACAAUAACAAAUACUAUUUGAUUCAACUGCUGGAGGACAACAGAGCAAAGAAGUAUUAUGUCUGGCAAAGAUGGGGUAGAGGUAAUAAUCUGUCAAUUUACUGUUAAUAUUAUUAUUAGUAGUAUUCUUUCUGUUUUCCUGAUGUCAGACCUAAUGUUAACUUUGAUGAAAAUUUUUUAAAUUUCCAGUUGGGUUCAGUGGCCAAAACAACUUAGUUACAUGUGGAGCUGACCUGGAACAAGCUAAAAAGGUCUUCACAAAAAAGUAAGUCUCAGUAAGUUUUUGUAAAAAUAUAUUUAAUUUACGUACUAGUUUGCUCUUCUGGCACAGAUUUUAGUACUUUCCAAGUAUUAUUUUAAAAUGUCACCAAAAUUUCAUGUAAUAGGGUAAAUAGUUUAAAAGAAAUAGGCUGAAAAUAUUUAGGAUUAUUGGUUAUCUUGUCUUCGGAUGGGCUGGUGUUCCCUGUUCCCUUACUGGACCACUCAUGACGUCACGGCAAAGAUGCUGGAAUCAAAAUGGUGGACUAAGUGAACUUUCAGAGGUAAUUUCUCGUGUAAAAAUGUGCUUGUAUCGAAAAAAAAAAAUGGUAUUCAUUCUACCCAUAUUAAGAACAUUUGUAGAAUUUUGGGUUUCUGUGCCCUUUAAGGUCAGAAGAACAAAAAAUUGACAUGUAUUAUAAUGCUGAGCUGUAUUACAUAAGUUGCAAAUUCAUCUAUCAAUUUAUUUAUUUAUGAUUUUGACCUUCUCCCAGGUAUAUGAAAUUGCCCUUCUCUCUUUCUUUUUCCCUUUGUGCAACAGAUUCUCAGAUAAGACUAAAAACGACUGGGAGGAUAGGCAUAAUUUCCAAAAAGUUCCAGGAAAAUAUGACCUGCUUAUUAUGGACUACAAUGCUGAUGAAGAGGAAAAGGACUCUGUGGAUGCACCUGUAAAAGAAGAGAAACCAGUUUUGGAAAGCAAGUUGGAUAAAAGAAUCCAGAACUUGAUAGAACUAAUUUGUAAUGUACAGGCAAUGGAAGAAAUGCUAAAGGAGAUGAAGUAUGAUACCAAGAAAGCUCCUCUCGGUCAGUGCAGCAGCUACUGUAUUUUUUGCAAUCUUCUUUUUAUUCCUGCCAGAUCACUUACUGCUAAUCCCCUGCUUUCCCGUGUCUAUGGUAACCUCCUUUCUUCAUUGUCUCUGUCCUUCCUCAGGGUUGUCAUUGAGAGCUGGGGGCCGGGGAUUUUCCCUGGCUACUAAGAGAGUGGCCCCUGGCUACUUUUAUUGGAAAAUAGGAGAAACACUUGAAAUCUUAGUGAGAACCCUGCUUCCUCCACCCCCUUCUCAUUUCAGCAUCCCUUUUCCCCUUUAAUCCUACCAUACCCCACCCUUUUUACUCACUGACAGGGCGUGAAAUUAACGGUAACCCAUUAACCAACAGUUAGUAGUUUCCAAAUUUGGUUACUAAAAAAUAAUGAACCUGACUGACCCAACACGGUUAGUAAAAAUUUCUGUCAUAGAAAAUGUUCUUACACGUGUUUCUUUUGUACCCAAGAUUGUGUUUCUCAAGCAAUUUAUGUAAUUUUAACCAAUCCGUCUAUACAUUUGCCACAUCUCUUAGCACUAUUUAUUCACAGAUUCUUGGAUAAUGAACUUCAUAAUUUGGUUAGUAAAAUUUAUGCCCACUAACCCAAAGGCUUAUUUAGCAAUUAAUUUCGAGCCCUGUCACAAUUCCUCUACUUUUCCUCAGUCACCUUUCUUUUCCUUCCCUCCAUCUAAGACCUCUCCUGAUCAUAGAUUAAUCCUCUUUUCUGGCCUCCAACCUUCUGUUUCUCAUUCUGUCCUUUCACCCUUUCCUCUGUUUCCUCUCCCUUACCCCAUCUUUUCCCAAACCUAUCUUGUUUUCAACCUCCUGCUAAGCUGAUGUUCUUCCCUUGGGUAACAGCUACUUCACAAUGGUUAUUUACUGGAGACUCAAAGUGGUAAAUUUAUCAAAUUUUUGUCAUGAUACUCAUAAUUACUGUAAAACUCUGUUUGGUAUUAGGAAAGCUUACCACAGAUCAGAUUAAAGCUGGUUAUGAGGCCCUUAAGAAAAUUGAUACCUGCAUAAGGGACAAUGAUUUUGGUUCAAAGCUGGUAAAAGCAUGUGAUGAAUUCUAUACACGGAUACCUCACUGUUUUGGGUAGGUUUUUGUUUUUAUAAAAUAAUACAUCAUUACAAAUCUAAGUUCAGAGACUUUGAGAGAGUGUCAUUUAAAAAGGCUGGCCUCUUUUAGUGGCUCAUGGUUCCUGCUGACUUACUUUGCGUUGAAAAGACUUGAAAAUUGACAAGAUUAAACAAGUCGAAGGAUGAAGUGUUCUUUAUUUAGACUCCAGAUAAUUGGGAUAAGGGGAAGAAAGAAGUAAGCAAUUUGGAGAAUGCUGAUAAUUGUAUGGAAAUGGUUUGGGUUUGAGGCUUAGACCUAAAAUUAUAGUUUGCUUUCUUGCAGAAUGAAUCGACCACCACUUAUAAGAACAACAGAGGAGGUGAAAAUCAAACUGGACUUGCUUGAGGUAUGACACAAUCUGCUGUUCCAUUUGUUGAUUAAUUUUUUUUGUUUAUAGUGCAUUUAUCUGUGUACAGUACUGAAAAAAAAUGAAACAUACAUGUACAUGCGGUAUUGGUAUGCAGAGUUUAAUUACAAUGGAGAGUCUCAUGGGAACUUUAGUUGUUGUUAAAUCCAGCAAACUGUAAGGAAACAAUCACUACAAUUUCACACACAUGUAUGCUAGGCAUUAUCUCAUCAUCCUGUAUUAAAUUUGGUGUGUAUGAUGUUGCAUAAUAUCAAUACUUUUAUUUAUGGGUGGAAGCAGAGUGUUUUUUCCUGACAAUACACAGAAGGCAAUGUUGCAUUUCCAGUGUUGCAGUAUAAUAAAAUUAUUUAUCAAAGCCUUUGAAGAUCGUUAGUUUGCAGGACGUGUUACUCCACUUCUUCUUGUGGACCUUGUUAUAAUAAAAAUUGUUCUUAAUGGACAGUUUUCCUUGUGUACAGGCAUUAGGAGAUAUCCAGAUUGCAGUUAAAGCUAUGCAAGAGGAAGAGGAAUCUCUAGAGCAUCCAGUUGACAAGCACUACAAAACGCUGCAUUGUGCACUUACUCCACUUGAUCAUGAACAUCCUGAUUUCAAGGUACAUCUUUUGACUUAUUCCCCUGUCCAACUUUACUAGUUGAAGUCAAGUGAUUUUGACGUAUUGGUACAUGUACCUUUUGUUUUUACAAUAAUAAUAAAAAAGACUUACAUUGUAGCUUCUGCUACACAUUCACACUCAUACUCAGGGAAAGUCUUAAACUUCUUACUGGUACUUGCAAAAUACUUCAUUCUUUCUUACAUUUGUUUAGGCAAGGUGAAGAAAUGCUUGUGAUAUUGGAAAUUGAAACUUGGUGAAAUCAGGCUGACUAAGGAUGUUAACUGAAAAAAAGUUCAGCCACUGAACUUUUCUAUUAAUAUACAUCAAAUAGGUGACUAAUGUUUAUGUAGGAUAACAGUGUCUUGUGCAUAUAAGACUGUAAAAAUUUUUUGGUGUUUGCAAUCUGUUUACAGUAUCUUAGAAAAUUCUACCUUCUUUAACAGAUGAUUUCUAAAUAUUUGACUAAUACUCAUGCUGCCACCCACAAUCAGUAUAACAUGGAAUUACUAGAUGUUUUUGCAUUGGAUCAUGAAAAGAAAUCAUUCACUGAUGUUGGUAACAGGUAACGACAAUAUUAUGUUUCUCUAAUAAUUUGUUAUGGAGCCACUGUAAGAUUUUUUAAUAGACAACCUUACUCUCUUGUCUCAUUUCGUCCUUGUUUUCCAAGCACAUUUAUUUUUUUCAGGGCACAAAAGGCACAAAGUUAGUUGAAAAUGUUGCAGUUGUUGCUGAUAUAUUCUGCUGAAAGAUUUAAAAAGGGCAAAUUGCAAGAGUGUUUAUUAGUGUAAUGAAUUUACUGGCAAGAACAAAAUGUAACAAAACAAGAACAGCAACAACAACAACAACAACAGAGCAUCUUAAAUAUUUGCCGCUGGGUGCUCUUCCUGCCAUCAUCAUUAUCAUCAUCACCACCAUCAUCAUCAUCAUCACCACCAUCAUCAUCAUCAUCAUCAUCGUCGUCGUCGUUGUCGCCAUUUCCCUAAGAGUAGUACUCCUCUUUUAGUGUCUUGACAUUCUACUUCUAAUCCCUUCUGCAUCAAACUGAGCUGCCCAUUUUGGAGGCAUCUAGCCAAUCUCCCAUAAUUAGCAACACAUUCAGUUGUAUGAACAAGAGCUAGAUAACAAAAUUUAGGCAACUUGUGUCCUCUGAUUGUUCAUUUAGGAUGUUAUUAUGGCAUGGAUCUCGUUUGACCAACUGGGUUGGUAUUUUAAGUCAAGGAUUGAGGAUAGCUCCCCCAGAAGCACCAGUCACUGGUUAUAUGGUAAGUUAAUAAUGUUACAACCUUGUUGAUUCAUACUGUUUGGAUUUCAAGUGCACAGUUUAAAGUGGUCUGUUACAUAUUCUUCUUAAUGCUUUACUUCAUUAGUUUGGCAAAGGAAUCUACUUCGCGGACAUGUCAUCCAAGAGUGCAAACUAUUGUUUUGCCACUAGGUCAAAGAAUGUUGGCUUAAUGCUACUCAGUGAGGUCAGUAUGCCUUGUUUGUUGUGAAUUCCACCUCCAGAAUAAAUGAAUAACUUUUACAAUAUUAGGGUGUUUAUCUCAGGUGUGACGUGUUAGUGUUGGGAAUACUUGGGUUGACCUCUGCAUUUGGUGUCGUCACAUGUGGCGUUCCCCAUACUGAGGCCAGCAGCUAUGCAAUUUUUUUGGAACCAAGGUGUUUACAUAAGAAAAGAGUUCAACUCUCCAGGGUUCGUACAGAGUCUUGAAUUCUUGAAAAAGUCUCGAAAUUUGCAAAGCAAUUUUUCAGACCUACAAAAAGGUCUGGAAAAUAGAGAUAAAGUCUGGGAAAGGUGGUAAAAAGUCUGCCUUGAGCUACCUUAUUCUCACUUGAAAAUGAAUGAAAACUUCAUUUAAGUGUCUACGUUUUUAGCUAUAAGCUAAUGGGGACCCUGUAAAAUAAUAUGUUAAAUACCAGAGACAAGUCACUAAAAAAUAAAAAUAAAAAAUUGUGUGUAGAUUAUAAAAUUAUUUACAAAAUUUGUUUAAAAGCCUAAAAACGUCUAAAUAUUUACAAGAGCGACCAAAUGAGAGGUCCCAUAUAUUUUAUUGUAUUGCUACCAAAUUUUACCGUUAGUUAUACUGGGUGUAUACUGUUUCGCGUGAAUUAAAUUUCGCCAAAAAUCAUGAGCCAUGUUUCGCAAGUAUUUGAUUCCGCGAUUUUCAGGGAAAGGUAUAAUUGGAGUGUAUCAAAUUUCGCGUUUUUUCUAUUCUUUAAAAUGUUAAGGUAACUUUGACGUCAGCACAGUGACAACAGAAUUAAUAAUUAAAUCGUAAACAACAGCAAAGAUGAAAAAAGAUGGAACAAAACAGAUGGAAAGUUUGACGACUGCACUAGCGGGAUUUUGAAGAAUUUAGCAGCAGGGGACAGUUCGAACAGCCAGAUUGAUGCGGCACAAGGCUGAUGGACAAAAUCAAACAAAAAACUCCUAAACUUGAAACUGAGACAUGUUGGAAUAUUAUUAAUAACUAAUAAAGAAAAAGCUUGAAUUUCGUUAUUUUGUGGAUUAAGUGAGAAUAAGGUAAUAAGCUGUUGCAACAUUUUGCCCUUUCGGUAGACUAUUCCCUAUCCCUACCUUCAAACUGUAUACUCAAACUGGAUUAUAGUCCAUUUUCACGAUGACGACAUUUCACCAGUACUUCCAGAAUUCAUUUCGUUUUUGCUUCUAAUUUAAAUUUGUUAACCCCACUGAGGUCUAAACACCAACAGUCCUAGUUUGCACAAGAAAACAACAAACUGAAGGAUUCUAACAAAAGGACGUCAUCUUACCAUUGUCCUAUUGAGGCUGCUUUUAAUUUUGGACAAAAUCUUGUGACGAUGAACUGACCUAUCACGUUGGCGAAACGCCUUAAUAAGUUAGCGCACAGGACUUCGGCGAAACAACUCUUGGGCGAAUUGACCGUAAAUCGUGUUAAUAGGAUGUGCUAAUUAAUUUUGCAGGUCUCCCUUGGAAAGUGCAAUGAGCUCCUCGCAGCAGACUUCAGUGCGGACAAGUUACCAACUGGCUGUCAUAGUGUUAAAGGAAUGGGAAAAGUGGCUCCUGAUCCAAAUGACACUCAUACAAUGUAGGUUUUGUUGAUGGUAAGAAGUGGUAGUUGAAACUGAGCCUAGAAUGAGAGCAUUGUCUUCAGGUGUACUUGCCCAAGUAACAUGCCUAAAGACGGAAAUCGGUAAUUUCGAUACAAGUCGUCUCGGUACAACUGAACUCAUGCAGUGAAACUGCACAACAAUUUCGAUCAUGUCAAGUAUAGUUUGGGCGUGAACAGGAAAAACAUUUGGGAAGAAAAUUUCGUCGUUCUUUGAGUCAAGUAUGAGAAACUAUUUACACCUCGACUAAAUCAAGUUGUAUGGAAACGACCGGUAACCCGAGAGACCCAAAUGGGAUGAAGUAUUCAUCGCUGGCGAAAUCGAUUCUGGCAAAGUUAACGAUAAGAAUGGGAGAGCAACUCCCGCCCUUGCCUAUCCAGUUUCGGAUACAUUUGGUGAGAAACGCUCUUUUCUUGCCUCCAACUCUACCCCCCCCCCCCCCCCCCCCCAAACAAGGUGAGGUAGUUUUGCGCGGGCCAAAACCCUGCUGGCACAAGACAAUAAAAGACAGGGAACCACACCCCCCCCCUCCCCUCCCCCUUUUCGGUAACCUUUUGGGAGAACCCCUCUUUUUUCCCCUCCCCCCCCCCCCCCCCCCCCCCCCAAGGGCUUGCUCGCGUGCCAACGCUUUUUGUGGCAAGCCGUGAAAAGUACGUACUUGAGCGUUCAAGUAUUGAGUGCGAUAUCCAGCAAUCUGAAAAUCACUUUUAAAUCAUACUUGUCCUUUCAAACUUUAGACGGUCUUGGUGUCAUUUGACACUACCCAGUUAAUACGAGGCAACUCUUUUUAUUGUUUCAAUUUAAGGCGUGAUGGCGUUGUAGUUCCUUAUGGCAAAAGCCAAGAAACCGGAGUUGUAAAUCCGCGUGGAUACACUCUCCACUAUAAUGGUAAGUGCACUUUUUUUUUGUUUUUGAGGAAACUAGUAGAGUGUGCAGCUUGUUUGUUUGUUUGUUGCCAAGUCAUCCUAGAACACGUGAAACUAGUUACCCCAUAGCCUGCGGUAAAGGCAUUUUGUUGUACGGGGGAUGGGUAGUGGGUGGUGUUGUGCUGGGGAAGAAAAUACCAGAAUUCAAUUCGCGUGGGUUGUUAGUCAUUAAUCGCAUUGAUCGCUUUCUCCCGACUUCCCAGCCUUCUUUAAGUUUCAAAAUCAAAGGUGGCGACUGCAGAAAUAAAUGAGCGCUCGGUCGACCGGAAAAUACGCCUACAUUUUAGGCUAGUUUUCCCUCCAUAUCGCUUCGUCACCAAUACGUGACCUACUUUACUGAAAGUUCCUCUGACUGGGCAAAUUUCCUUUUUUUUUUUUUUGAGGAAUAGACCUUUUCACGCGGCGGCCUUUUUGUCUCAGGAGAUUUAAAAAGCUUUGUAUAUGCACGGCUUGCCCCGUUCUCUCUUCGAGGCGAGCCGUGCAUAAACAAAGCAUUUUAAAUCUCCUAAGACAAAAUGGCCGCCGCAUGACAAGGGUCUAUUAGUGGGGAUUUCCUGGAAAGAAAACCUAGCCUAGCCUGCAUUGUCUCUUUGUUUAUCUUGUGCCUCUCUCCCUUAACUUACAGAGUACAUAGUUUACAAGACAACUCAGGUCAGUGAGUAAAAGUUAUUUUCUUGUGACCGUUUUCUUUUGUACUAAAACGAGAUGUUUUUUUUCUGAAUCUCAGCAGCAUUGAUUCCUUUUGUGUUUUUCUUUUACCAUCUAUGCUUGACUUAAUGCAACUCUGACAACUCUAAACACCUUGUUUAGGCUAUAGUCUGUCUUGACACUGCCCACAGGAAAUAAAGUUUAGGUACGGCAGUUGGUCAAGUUGAAGGCGCUUAGAGCACGGUUUUGUUAAAAAGCCGCUAAACGGCCUCUUGGCUGCUCAAUCUUUUGUUUUAUCAUGGAUAAAACAGUUUAGUAGAACAUUAAAAUGUUGCUGUUGUUGCUUUGAUUAGUUCUGUUCUUUCCUGUUUCAGGUACGAAUGAGGUACUUGGUGAAAGUCAAGUUUAACUUCAAAUAA